CGGGAAAUUUUGCCCGGGGAAUACAAACAAACGCGGGUUCGUGACUGUCUUGAUCAACUCAAGAGGCUCGGACUCUGCUUCGUUAACCGAGGCAACCUCAACUUUUAUUUGCUAAAAUGCCUGCAACGUCUAAAAUACACACCGAGGAGGUGCGGAGAGAUGCCGCCUCUCGGGCGGACAAGAAGCCUGCAGUGGAGAAAGAGGAGACGAAGUUCGGCUUUCUGUGUGAUGAACGGGGAUAUUUGAGUCUAGCAGAGCACAUCAUGGAGCACGGCUCCAGGAAAGGAGACCGAACCGGGACAGGAGUCCUGUCUUUGUUCGGAGCUCAAGUCCGAUACAACCUACGAGACCAGUUCCCUUUAUUGACAACUAAGAGAGUUUUCUGGAAAGGCAUCCUGGAGGAGUUGUUGUGGUUUAUUAAGGGAUCAACAAAUGCCAAGGAGCUGUCAGAGAAAGGAGUGAAGAUCUGGGACGCCAACGGGUCCCGUGACUUCCUGGACAACCUGGGCUUCACAGAGAGGGAGGAGGGGGAUCUGGGACCUGUGUAUGGUUUCCAAUGGAGGCACUUUGGUGCAGAGUACAAGGACAUGCACACAGAUUACACAGGACAAGGUGUCGACCAGCUGCAAAACAUCAUCGACACCAUCAAGAAAAACCCGGAAGACCGACGAAUCAUCAUGUGUGCCUGGAACCCCAAAGACCUCCCCAUCAUGGCGCUGCCCCCCUGCCACGCCCUCUGUCAGUUCUACGUCUGCGACGGGGAGCUGUCCUGUCAGCUGUACCAGCGCUCCGCCGACAUGGGUCUGGGCGUGCCUUUCAACAUCGCCAGCUACGCACUUCUCACCUACAUGAUUGCACACAUUACGGGACUCAAGGUACGAGCGCCGUGCGAGCCUCUCCUUUCUUGUUUUAAUCUGCAGACGUGUUGUCCAACGUCUCAUCUCGCAUCUCGUCUCUCGCAGCCCGGUGACUUUGUCCACACUCUGGGAGACGCUCACGUCUACCUCAAUCACGUCGAACCUCUGAAAGCGCAGCUCCAGAGGGAGAUUCGCCCUUUUCCAACACUAAAAAUCAAGAGGCAAGUGGAAAGCAUUAAUGACUUCCAGGCGGAGGACUUUGAGAUCUGCUGCUACGACCCACACCCCACCAUAAAGAUGCAGAUGGCCGUGUGAGACCUGAAAUUGGCCGUGUGUGCCUUUUAAACUUAAAAGACUGUGGUUCCCACAACGCUUUUUUUUUUGCCUAAUUUAGGGGGAAAAAGGUUAUUUUGCUCCAGACGUUUUCUACUGUUUGUUGGUACUUGACUAUCUUUUUUCUUUCCUGUAUUAUAACUAAAAAAAUUAUCUAAUUCUGUAAAAAGAAAAAAACUUUAUGAUCAACCUGAUUCGAAACAAACGAAUCACAAGAACCCUCCAAAUUCUGCGUUUGACAACGCUCUGCUGAUUUGAGGUAAAUGAUUUACAGUGAGUAUUUAAUAGUGAAAUGUUGACAAUAAAGUCCUUAUUUGUUGA